AUAAAUUACCAACAGAGCAUUCAAUUUACGUCGCCUAAACGUACUAUGGAUGACAAUUCUAUAAAAAAUACAGCUCAUAAAAAGUCUAAAACUGAAACCCAUAGCAUGCCAAUUAUAAGUAAUCCGUUGCCCAAACUAUCACAACCUAGUUUAGCUACUUUCGCAUCGCAUGUUACGUCAGUAAGUCCCACUCCUUUUAUAAUUUGUUCCAGUAUAUCGCAUUGGCCAGCACUUUCAACAAGGCCCUGGAGCAAUCUCGAUUAUCUUUUGAAUAGAAUCGGAAAAGAACGAAUAGUCCCCGUAGAAAUCGGAGCUAAAUAUACUGACGAAACAUGGACACAAAAAUUAAUAAAUUUUGGCGAUUUCAUUGAAAAAUGGGUUAAAAAUUCCACAAAUGAUGAUGUUGAUAUCGCAUAUUUAGCACAACAUGACUUAUUCGCGCAAGUUCCGCGUUUAAAAGAUGAUAUUGUGGUUCCUGACUAUUGCUUUGUAGAUACCAAACCAUUUAUCGCGAGCAUUGGGGAAGAUGGCGAUUCUA